AUGAUAUAUGGCCGGGAUGGCUGGAGAUACUUGUUGGUUGGCUUCUUAAAGAAGGAUGCCUAUAAUCACAUUGAUAAAAGAAGUCAUGUAACGAUUGCGGAAGGCAAUACAGACGCUGCGCUUGCAUAUUUAGAAGGUAAGACAGAAUCGGAUCCGAUGGCCAUGGCACGCCGAGUCGAUUACCAGUACUUCGGGGAUGUCCUUGCAUUCGAUGCGACAUACAAGAAGAACAAGUAUAGGCGGCCAUUGGUAAUCUUCUCAGGGGCCAACAACCACAAGCAGACCACCAUUUUCGGUUUUUGUUUACUAAUGGAUGAGACAUUUGAUUCGUAUAAGUGGAUAUUGCAGAACAUGGAGGUGAUGUGCAUGAAGGAGCCAUCAGUGGUUGUUACAGAUGGGCAUGAGGCGAUGCGUAAAGCCAUAACUUUAGUAUUCCCGAAGGCAACCUACCGCCUAUGUGCAUGGCAUUUUCAGAAAAAUAUUAUGGCCAACGUGAAGGAGCCGUCACUCCGAUUACGAUUUAAUCGAUGGUUAUAUGCGGACAUCGACAUUCGUGAAUUCCUGACUGAGUGGGACCUAGCGAUUGAAGAGUUCAAACUUCAAGAUAGCCUAUGGGCGAGGCAGGUGUUCGAUAAGAAGGAAAUGUGGGUGAAUGCAUAUUUGAGGAAUAAAUUUUGCGCCGAGUUUAGGACCACAUCUCAAUGCGAAGGUAUAAACGCUGUAGUCAAGAAUUUCCUUCAAUUGAAGCGUACUAUUCUUGAACUUGUGCAGAACCUGAAGCUAAUGGUACGUGAUUAUCGGAAUAACGAGCUUCUAGCCCAGUUCCAAAAGAAGUCUUUGCUAACAGCCACCCAUACACAAUAA